GGUUACCAUGAGCUUCGUCCUCACAAUCAGGUUGCAGGGGGCAUUGUCUGUGAUGCCCCUUAUCCUGCAGUUGCCGGGAAGGCACAUCCACACCCCUUCUUCUGCCCACCGAGCAGUAGAAGAGUAGCUGGUUCUUACCUGCCUGUGCACUUGGGCCUGUGCCCUGCAGACCAGGGAUGGCCCGCAUCAUAGACAUGGUGCCUUGGGACGAGUGCUCUGCCCACCUGUAUGGUUCCCCAGCCAUCCUCAUCCCUCUGGAGCGAGUGCGUCGCCCACUCGCUGGGGUGAAGCAUCAGCUCUACCACCCCGGCCUGCCUUCCCUUCGGCGCAUGGACAUGGACUCCGUCAAGGGCUGCCUCUCGGAUGAACACUGCCAGUCUUCCACUUACUACACCAAAGAUGAUUUCGACGAGGCCCACUUCACUCUCCUAGGGGUCCCCAACAAACCCCUGCAUUGCCUGGACUUCACGGCAACCGGCCAGAAGCUCUGUCACAAGUACCGUGACGGAAAGAUGAUUCCCAUCGUGCCAGGCAUCCAACGAGCCAACUGGCCCUGCUUCACACGCGCCAUCGAAGAUUGGUCUCAAUUCGUGUCCAAGUCCGGAGAGUUCAAGCUGCCUUGUGCCAACAGAAGGGUGGAGGGUUUCAGUGGCUACGCGGUGCGGUACUUGAAGCCGGAGCUGACCCAGAACUGGCGGUACUGCCUCAACCAGAACCCCAGCCUGGACCGCUAUGGACAGAAGCCCCUGCCUUUCAACACGCUGAACACGUUCCGGCGCUUUGGCUCCCACUACAGUCGCAUCAACUAUCUGACUCCCUGGCAUUAAUCUGUGUGGGCAGGAAGGCUGAUCCUUCUAUGGCUGGACUGUGCCACCUCAGGGCCCCUAACCAGACAGAGCACAUGUGGUGGCACCAGUCGUCUUCUCCCCAGGAGUUCAGUUCAAGAAAUAAACCUAAUGCUUCCGAA